UUUACCUAUUUUAGUUGGAAAGUGUGGGAUACAUUUAACCUAGUUUUAUUGAAGCUUUGUAGAGCAAUAACAGCCCUCAGUUAUAAACACUGAAAAUGUAUAUUUAUCACUCUUGAUUGUCUAUUUUCCUUCUUAGAAGUAGCCAUCUUUUUCUGUAUUUUACACCGUUGUCUGAGAAUCAACCUAAGGAGUCAUCCAGGUGGUUCUUCUGAGGGUUUUACUGGCUCUGGGCCAUCAUUACAAAAAGAAGAUUCUGGAGACAGAUUCCCGUCUCUGUGAACGUGCUGCCUCUGGUGAAGAAGCCUUCCUGGCACUCCGGUCCGCUCGCCACCCUAAGGGCUGAGUAGGUUGAAGGAUUUGCCUGGGCUCCCAGGGCUGUUCUGAGAUUCGCAGCUGAGGACUGAGACAAGGUUACUUCUUGGGAUUCGAGGAGCUCCUAUGGUGUAAAGAGGGGUUGAAACAGUAAAUACAGUCAACAGAUUUAAAAAUAAAUCUGGUCAUUCUUCUGUGUGCACAAGAGGGAUUGAAUUUGGCAUUGACUCCCAAGCUGCCGAGACCAGCAAUUGUGCACCAUCUCCUCGCAACAUGGACAAAGAAAACAAUGCUGGGGCAGCCAGGAAUGAAAAAGCUGUGAGCUGCUUAUACCCAAAGCCUAAUGCAGUUUGUAGGCUGAUCUGCUUUCCCUGGGCAGGAAGUGGCUCCCUUUAUUUUGCCAAAUGGGGCGAAAAGAUGAAUGACUUACUGGAAGUGCACUCCAUAAGGCUCGCUGGGAGAGAAAAUCGAUUUGAAGAGCCUUUUGCCAGUGACAUGUGCCAGAUAGUUGGUGAAAUUGUUUGUGUUCUGCUGCCAGUCCUCCAGGAUAAACCAUUUGCAUUUUUUGGCCACAGUAUGGGGGCCACCAUUGCUUUUUUGACUGCACUACACCUAAAAGAAAAACAUAAGCUAGAACCGAUGCAUUUAUUUGUGUCAAGUGCAACUCCUCCUCAUUCAAAGGCCAGGCCUCGCAUUCCUGAAGAUAAAGAAGUGUCAGAAGAGCACCUUCGCUCUUUCAUUUUGAAUGUUGGAGGCACUCCCGUGGAUUUGAUUAAUGACGAGGAAUUUUCUCAACAAUGUUUGUCCAGACUGAUGGCAGAUGCACGCAUUCUUCGUGAUUACACCUUUAAUGCACCAUCUGAGGCCCUUCUAUCUUGUGACUUGACAUGCUUUGUUGGAUCUGAAGAUGUAGUAGAGGAUAUAGAAGCCUGGAAAGAUGUAAUCAGUGGAAGUUUUCAUAUUUAUGUGCGUCCAGGAAAUCACUUUUAUCUCAUGGAAACUUCCAAUGAGACCUUCAUCAUGAACUACAUAACCAAGUGUCUAGAAAUAUCGAUGCUUGCCUGACUAGACGUGUUUCCGGUCUUAAAAAGUCAAAGUGAUUAUAUGAUAGUUUGAAAAAUUUUUUCAGAAGUAGUUCUUUGUUUUCAUUCAGAAAUCGGAAAGUUAUACAUUUGCUCCUGCCAGGGGAUUUGUUU